AUGGGGGAGGAUGCCCAGAAUACGACGGAGGCUGCCACCGCUGCUCCUCAGCACGCUCAUUAUGCAUUCCAGAUCCAUCCCACUAACAUGUCCCCUUCAGCGCUCGCUGGAGGCGCGGCGGGCGUGAAAGCAAAGAGGCGGCGAACAAGUCCGCAAGACCACGCCAUCCUCGAAGCCGCGUACCAAAAGAACUCCAAGCCCGACAAGGUGCAGCGUGCCCAGAUAGUCAGUCAGGUCUCACUCGGUGAGAAAGAAGUUCAAAUCUGGUUCCAGAAUCGACGUCAGAACGACCGCAGACGCUCGAAACCAUUAGAGCCACACGAACUUGUUGCACACCUACGCAACAGCACGGCCAGCCCUUCUCUCGCCCAGAGAAGCUCAUCCCCUAGUCCCGAAGACUCCACGCUUUCUCAGUCCCAUGCAAACGCAUCUCUUGCCCCUGCCGAAUCCAUCAACCGACCAGCUUCACGAGCGUCAAGCAUUCAUGACCUUCUCAACCCAACCCGUGUCGACGAGGUGAACCCCAAACACAGUACACAGGGAACAUCGGACGAGCCUACACUCCCAUCCAGCAUUGAGUCAAAUUCAACACCAGCCACCGAGAAUGAGUCUGUGAAUGGAGCCCAAGAGGACGCGUCAAAGGAUGUUGACAGGCUGUCCGAGACUAGCAGCGGGCACGGGAGCGCAAGAAAGAGAAACCACGACGAGAUGGCAGGUCUGAAGUCUCCCAGUUCCGACCUAAGGGGCGAGAGACCGACUGGAGAAACGGGUCGGUCGAAGGAGCCUCUUGCCAGAACGUCCAGUUACGUUCGGUUGGCCAUGACUGUAGAUGGUGCAGUCAAGGUCAGAACGAGACAGGAAGAUACGCCGUCUCCUGAAAAACCUCGUCCUUCACCUUCAACAGCACAAAUUAGAGCAAGCACACCGAUGAGUCGCAGCAAAAGCCUUCUCAGCGUUGUGGAUGUACACCGUGACGGCAGCCAUGGAACAGGAUCAAGAGCCGUGGGAGCAGGUUUUGGUCGGUCCCGUGACGCACGAACGUGGGAGUUCUACUGUGACAGCAAGACUAAGGACGCUCUUUCGAAACAGGCUGAAGCUGAGACCGCUGGAUCUGCUGUCAGUGCCAUCAACCUCAUUCGGUCAAACAGCUUCAAGUCGCGCGCCCAAGCCCUCAGUCCCUCGCUGUCGAAGACUAAUGCUCGUUUGACAUCGUCCAAGGAAAAGAAACCCAGAUUAUCGCGAGCAAAGUCGUCAUUGGGACGUCUGCAAGGCCUGAAACCCCCGGCAGAACCGGUUGAUGAAGGAGACAAAGCUCAUCAAGGCCAAGGCAGAUCACCAUCUGGUGAUUCAGACAAGGAGAACUGGGCGCCUGGAACCAGACUGUCGGAGCAUGCUCUGCGAAGGACCCAGCCCAGUGGGCGACAGCGACCGAUCUUACAGGAGAAUGAGGAGAUGACGUUCCCGGACGCAAGCUCUUCACAAAAGAGACGUAAUGAGGAAGCCGAUCGCCGACUCUCGCCGACGAAGGAGAAGGCCAAAGGUGAAGAAAUGGACUGCGUACAAGGCUUGCUAUCGCUCAGUCAGGGUGCUUGGACGAUGAAGUAA